ACACAGACAAGUGAUCUGACUACUUUCUUCAUCCGUGCUGCUCACAGAGGAAUACCUGCGUGUUUCUGAACACAUGGAGCGUAUACAGAUUUGCCCCACCAUUCUGUUUAUUUUUUACACAUUGCUGGAGUUCACAGCAUCAGCAUCAGAACUUACAUUUUAUAUACCAGAGGAGCAAAAUGAAGGCACCUACAUUGGAUCUUUAAAGACAAACAGCUUGGAAUCAUCUCCACUACAGUACAAGCUUCUCCCACCAUCCAUCUAUUUCCAUUUGGACAAGCAGACAGGAGAUCUGUAUACCACUGCAUUCAAACUGGACAGAGAACAUUUAUGCCCACAGGAUACUUUAAAUCAGUGUUUUGUAGAAAUUGAUGCAUUUGUUUCUUCUCAAGAACAUUCAGAAAUUGCAAAGAUUAAAAUCUUUAUUUUGGAUAUUAAUGACCAUGCACCAUUUUUCACAGACAGGAUUAUUACAAUUUCUGUUCAGGAGGAUACAGCAGUAGGAACCAUAUUUCCUAUUGACCACUCAGCUAGUGAUCCAGAUGCUGGACAGAACAGUAUUUUGCUCUAUCAUCUGAACAGUAUUGAUAAUGUUUUUACAUUGGGGAACAAUUCACAGUUACUUUCAUUAACCCUACAGCAGCCUUUGGAUCAUGAAUCUAAAAGUGAAUACUAUAUGGAUUUAAUUGCUUCUGAUAAGGGACAACCCCCAUUAUCUGGAAGUGCCUUGAUUAUAGUGCAAAUAACGGAUGUAAAUGACAACUGUCCUGUUUUCCUUACAAGUAAUAUGUUUAUCAUUCUCCAAAGAAACAGCUCUGUCAACAGUACAGUUACCCAGCUGGAGGCGGUCGAUGAGGACACUGGUGAGAACAGCAUCAUUCAGUACGUAUACAGCAACAGGGUCCCAGCAGAAUCCAAAAAACUCUUUCAUUUAGAAAGCAUGACUGGAAUCCUCCGAUUAGCUGCACCUAUACCUGAAGACUCACCCAAUAAUCACAAGCUUACUGUUUUAGCCAUUGGUCCUGGAUGUGCUCCUGCAGUAGCUACUGUUAAAUUAGCAAUACAAGAAUUGAAAAGAAAAGAGCCAAGGAUGGAAUUCCGCGUAAUAGGAGCCCAAGGAGAGGAGGGAGUUUCUGUCAAAGAAGAUGUUCCUAUAAAUACAAUCAUCGCUAUCCUAGAAAUUAAAGACACAGAUUAUAGCAUCCUCAGACCUGUCUACAUAAAUGGAACAAUACCUUUCGCUCUAAAAGUAUCAGAAAAUUCACCAGACACCUAUUUGCUACUGACAAGUGGAAUCUUAGACUUUGAACUGGAACAAAAAUACACAAUUCAGGUUCUUGGAAAUGCUACAUUUGACAAUUUAAUUGUCUACCAAGCGUCACUUAAUGUUAAGCUUGAAGAUGUAAAUGACAAUGCUCCACAAUUUCCACAGAGUGUGCUGGAAGUAUCUGUAGAAGAAAACAACAGCCCAGGAGCUGUUAUACUGGAGCUUUCUGCAUUUGAUAGAGACAGUGGAUCCAAUGGAAUUAUUGACUAUAGCUUUGGUGCAGAGUUGCCUAUGGAAUUUUUUAUUGAUGCCUCUCAUGGAAUCCUUACAGCAUCUGUUUCUUUUGACCGGGAACAAAAAACAUCUUACACUGUAAUUGUUUUGGCUUCAGAUCACGGAUCACCGGCACAGAAUGGUUCAUGCACAGUAAUUAUCACUAUUCUAGAUCAAAAUGACAAUAUGCCUAUAUUCCUUACCAAUGAGUUUACAUUCUCUGUUCCUGAAAAUCUUUCCCGGCAUGGUACAGUAGGAAUCAUAAAUGUAACAGAUGCUGAUUCUGGAUUAAAUGGAGAAAUAUCUUUGUCCAUGUUGAACACUACCAUGCCGUUUUCUGUAGACAAGAAUAUCAUACUACUUGAGGGUUACUUAGACUAUGAAAGUGAGUAUAAGUAUGAGCUAUGGAUUGAAGCUCAUGACAAAGGUAACCCACCCUUGAGUUCCACAGUAAAAGUAAACAUUAUGGUGUUAGAUAUGAAUGAUAAUGCACCACUGAUUUUGCUGCCAGAUUCAAAUUUCUCAUAUGUGUUAGUGCCCCCAGAUACUUUAAAGGGGUCCUCUGUAACUAAGGUUCAUGCAGUUGAUUAUGAUGCUGGCAUGAAUGGAGCAAUACAGUAUAGUGGCUUUGGGGAGCUGGGCCCCCUUGGUGAUCUCUUUACAAUUGAUAACAUUACAGGUAACAUCACACUAAAAGAAAGCAUCAUAACACACCACUGUGGCCUUUAUCAGUUUAUGGUAAAGGCAAGUGACCAAGGAUAUCCUGAAGCCCUUUCCACUAUUGUUAGAAUUAACAUCCUCCUCAAUCAUAGCAUAAGCAACAGGAGUUACCUAGAAUCAUUAAUUAUGGCCAAGACAGAAGUCCCUAUUGAAAACCAAGUGAUUCUGCUGAGCCCAUGCACACAGUACCACAAAAUGGCCCAUUUUUCUUGGUCUCUGAAUGUGCUGAUUUUUCUUGGUGUAGUAAUUCUCUGCAUUCUCUUCUGUGUUAUGGGAACCUUAUUACUUUUUUGUAGAAGGAAAGGAAAUCUCAAAAGAAGGAAAAAGGCAGAAGUGCAAAUUCCAUUAAAACUAAAUGCUGAUUACUGGGAUAGUAUAAAAUAAUCAUGGCAUUCCUAACUGAAUAUACAUGGCAGUAUUUCCUUAAGCAGAGAGGUCCAAAAGGAACAUUCAGAUACAUGGAGUUGAAAGUGUUUUCUGUCUUGGUGUAUCAUGAUCAAACAGCGGACCUUGUUUAUUGUGCAAAAUGACAAUGGCAAGAAUCUUGAUUAAAAUGGAAUCUUGCGACAGGCUUCUUACUGCAGAAUUUCAAAACCAUAUCAAAUGUGGAUAUUUGUAAAAUACAGUUGUGGAAAUGUUGGACAAAAUUGCCUUCUGCUACAGUCUGCCUUGUUGGAGAAUUUUAUUUACGGACAUGGAUGGAACAUAUGCCAACACAAUCAUAUUCUUCUAAAACAACUUGCAGCCUUUAUUUUUCUAUACAUCAAACAGCUUAUGUCACCAAAGAAAGUAGGAAGCACUGAAUAGUAUUUAGAUAUUUUUUUGUUGGUGAAUAUUGAAACGGUACCCUUUCAGGGCAAAAAAAUAAAUAAAUAAAAGUACAUUAUAUCCACUUGUGAAUAAACCCUCAGUAACCCUGUUAUUGUUAAAAUUGUGUGUUUGCUUGUAAGGUUUAUGAGUAUGUUCUUUUUAACAAUGGUGGAGUCCUGUGGGGGCUGUAGAGAAUGCAACGGUUUCAGUAUUAUUAUUAACAGAGGUCACAAAGCCUCCAUGUCAGCUCUCUGCGCACCGAUAUGAUAAUUAUUUUUAUUAUGCCAAAGACUGUUGCGACAAAGAAAUAUUUGCCAUUGUUGGACAGACAGGAAAAUCUAUAUAUGUGUUUGAAUUUUUACUGUUUAGAAUGGAACGCAUUUUGUCCACCACGGUUUUCUGCUGGAUGUCACUGGUGGUCAAAAUAACCCCAUAUUCCUAAAAGGAAACAGCUAGCCCAUGGUAGAGGAUCAUUAAAUGCUUUUUUAACAUGUUAAGAAGUUUAUUAGUGAUUUUCUUCAACCCAAUAUUAUUCUAUUGCUCAGCAGCUGAACUAGGAUCAGCCACUUCUGCUAGAACUUGUUUGCUGUAUAUAUGAAAAUCACCCUUGUGAAUACUUCCUACCAGUGUUUUUUAGCUGCCACAACCAUAAUAUCAUAUGCAAUUAAGAACAAUUAAUACCAAACAAACACAAGCAAUAUCAAAAUAAAGUUGAAGCAUAAUGUUAAUGCCACAUGGGGCAGAUUCUAGGCUUAAGGAUAAAUGCAGGCCAAGAUUCAGCCCCUUUACUGGCAUCAGCCUUUGGUGGAGUGGAUUUUGGCACCACAAUGCACAACUAUGCAUUUUGGCACUGAAAUCCUCUCUGUGUGCCUGUACCUGGGCCAACACAAUGGCUCUGGGUGCAGGCUCAGGAAAAGGCAGAUACCAGCGUAGGGGCUGAUACUUGGCUGGUGUUUAUCCACACAACACCAUGUGGCAUUAACUUAGUAAUGUUUUCAUACUGCUUGCAUUAAUCAGAGAUAAUAAAGAAGAAAUGUUGAAUA